AUGGGCUUAGAAUCAUUGAAAAUGGCUCUUCAAGCUCCCACCAUUCCUCUUCUUACUCCUUACAAAAUGGGGAACUUCAAUCUAUGCCAUAGAGUGGUUUUGGCACCACUAACCAGAAUGAGAUUUCAUGGCGAUGGUCCUCAGCCGCAUGUUGUCUUAUAUUAUUCUCAGAGAACCUAUAAAGGUGGUCUCUUAAUAGCUGAGGUGACUGAAGUUUCUGAAAUCGCUCAAGGACAUCGUUAUGCACCCGGAAUAUGGACAAAAGAGCAAGUUCAAGUAUGGAAACCCGUCGUUGAUACUGUUCAUGCCAAAGGUGGAAUCUUCUUUUGUCAGCUUUGGCAUGUGGGAAGGGCUUCAAAUCGAGAUUUUCAGCCAAAUGGGCAAGCUCCAAUUUCUUCUACUGACAAGCCUUUGAGCGUUGAGGGAAUUGAUGGUGCACAUUUCACUCCUCCACGGCGGCUAAGGACAGAUGAAAUUCCUCAAAUUGUCAAUGAUUUUAGAAUUGCUGCAAGGAAUGCUAUUGAAGCUGGUUUUGAUGGAAUUGAGAUCCACGGGGCUCAUGGUUUCUUAAUUGACCAAUUUUUGAAAGAUGGAGUGAAUGAUCGAACAGACCAAUAUGGUGGAUCAGUUGAGAAUCGUUGUCGAUUUGCUUUGGAAGUAGUCGAAGCUGUUGCUAAUGAGAUAGGUGCUGGCAAAGUUGGAAUAAGAUUAUCUCCUUUUGCGGACUAUAAUGAAUCUGAAGACUCUAAUCCAAAAGCAUUGGGGCUUUAUAUGGCAGAGUCCUUAAACAAAUAUGGUAUUCUUUAUUGCCACAUGGUUGAGCCAAGAUGGAAGAUGACUGGAGAAAAAAGUGAAUCCCCAUACAGCCUUUUGCCAAUGAGAAAGGCUUUUAAGGGUACUUUCCUUGUUGCUGGAGGUUAUGAAAGGGAAGAUGGGAACAAUGCCAUUGCUGAAAACCAUACAGAUCUUGUUGUUUAUGGUCGUUUAUUUUUAGCCAAUCCAGAUUUGCCAAAGAGAUUUGAGCUCAAUGCGCCUCUCAACAAGUACAAUAGAGAUACAUUCUACACAUCUGAUCCUGUUGUUGGUUACACUGAUUAUCCAUUUCUUGAAGACACUUCAUGA